CACACGCUUCUGAGUUCUCUUCUAAGACAAUACACACAGACUCACUAAGAUUAUCCAAAAUAUGAGUUGGACUUCAAAGAUGCAUGCAACCACCAGAAACAAGUUCAAGGGCGUUCGCCGUCGGAAAUGGGGCAAGUGGGUCUCCGAGAUUCGCGUUCCCGGCUCGCAGGAGCGUCUGUGGCUCGGAACCUACGCCACGCCGGAGGCUGCGGCGGUGGCUCACGACGUCGCCGUUUAUUAUCUCAGGAGGCCCUCUUCGUUGGACAAACUUAACUUCCCCGACACUUUCUCCUCGUACCGUGUUCAACUCAGGGACAUGUCUCCGAGGUCUGUUCAGAAGGUGGCUUCCGAUGUUGCCAUGGAUGUGGACGCCAGAAACAUUGUUGCCGACAAAACCUCAUCCAUGGCCGUCGAAGACACUUUCGAGAGUCAGAACAAAAUUGUUAAUGGUGAUGAUCACUUUGGAGCAGGUGCUGAUCAUUGUGAUGUGUUAUGGUGGGAUGGAUUCGGGAAUGAUGAGUCUGGGACAUGGCAAACAAGUUUUCAAGAUUGUAGCGAAGGGGAGAAUUUGAGCGUUUCCAUUCAAGAUUAUCUUUAGCUCUUCAAGCUUUCUAGUUUCAACUAUAUAUAUUAUAUACAUAUACUACUCUUCUUGUUUAA